AUGCUUCUCUUUGGGCAAAUCAACGCUAUCAGCCAUCAUGAAAUCGUUUCUGACAUGCUCCACGCUUCUUUCAUGAUUUUGCUAGAGGAACAAGAAACGCGUGACAAUUGCAAGUCUUCUAUUGAAAUGUUCUUCUAUGUGAAAAUGCCACGAGUUUGGGCUGCAAUGAUUAAGCAAGGAAUGAAGCCAGAAAGUGUAGUACGAGGCGUACAACAUAUGGUGUCAGAGUGUCGACAG